AUGGUUGGACUUGAGCCUCGUUUAGAAGAAGUGAUGUCACUUCUGGGUGAAAGUGAUCGUAGCGUUUGUAUGUUGGGGAUUCAUGGAACUGGUGGGAUUGGCAAAACAACCCUUGCAAAAGCUUUGUAUAAUAAAAUCUUCCAUCAAUUUGAAGGUGCAUGUUUUUUGUUUGACGUCAGAGAAGCAUCAAUGAAAUAUCAUGGCAUUGUUCGUCUUCAGCAAACACUUUUAUCAGAGAUUCUUGAGGAAAAGAGGAUGAAGUUUAACAGUGUCGAUGAAGGAAUAUCUAUUCUAAGACAUAGACUCUCACAUAAAAAUGUUUUGUUGGUUCUUGAUAAUGCUGAUCAACUUGAUCAACUAGAGCAACUUGCAGGAGAGUGUGAUUGGUUUGGUUGCGGAAGCAAGGUCAUCAUAACAACAAGAAACAAGCAAUUGCUAAUUGCACGUAAUGUUGAAAAGACAUAUGAAAUGAUGAAGCUAAAUGAUCAUGACUCGCUUGAACUCUUUUGUUGGCAUGCCUUCAAGUUGAGCCAACCUCCAAAAGGAUAUCAAGAUAUGUCAAAUUGUGCGAGCAGAUAUGCACAAGGCCUUCCUCUGGCUUUAAAAUUGAUAGGCUCCAAUUUGGCACACAGAAACUUAGAAGAAUGGAGGUCUACAUUGGAACAAUAUGAGAGGAUCCCGGAAAGAACAAUUCAUGAGAUACUAAAGAUGAGCUAUGAUUGCUUACCGGACAAUGCUAAGCGUAUUUUCCUAGAUAUUGCAUGUUUUUUUAAGGCAACGAUAUUUGUACGCAUUGAAGACAUGGUAGAAGCUUGUGAUUUUGGAAGGUUUUAUUUUGAAGUGCUCGUUGAAAAAUCUCUUAUAUCUAUUUCUGAUAAUGGUACGUUGGGCAUGCAUGAUCUAAUACAAAAAAUAGGUAGAGAGAUUGUUAGGCAAGAGGCACCAUCAAAGCCUAAUAAACGCAGUAGAAUAUGGUAUUAUAAAGAUGUUCUCAAAUUGCUUCGUGAAAAUUUAGUAAGUAUCUAG